AAUCUAUCUCCUUUCCUUUUAAAUAUAAGUAUGCGUGUAUUAAAAGAUACGACAUCACUCAACUACUCGUUCCAUUCAACUAUCCUUGCAUUGAGAGGAAGAAAAAAAAAUCAAAGAACAAAGCCAUGUUCACAUUUCUGUCGUUAAUCCUUCUGGCUCACGCCAUAUCCCCUGCCUCCUCGCAAGGAAAAAACAUAUUCCUGUUGGCCGGGCAAAGCAACAUGUCCGGCCGCGGAGGCGUGACCAACGGCACCUGGGACGGCUUCGUCCCGCCCGAAUGUGGCCCCAAUCCGUCGGUACUCCGCCUAGCCGCAAACCUCACGUGGGUUCCCGCGGCCGAGCCGCUCCACAAGGACAUCGACGUGAACGUAACGGCCGGGGUGGGGCCGGGAAUGUCGUUUGCCAAUGCGCUGCUGGCCUACGACCCCAGCCUCGGCGUGGUGGGAUUGGUGCCUUGCGCAAUCGGCGGGACCAAGAUCAGGCAGUGGGUACGGGGGAGUUUUUUGUACGACCAGCUGGUGAGGAGGGCUGACGCCGCCGCGCGAGGCGGAGGGAAGAUCCAGGCGAUGCUGUGGUAUCAAGGGGAGAGUGAUACGGUGGAUGAAGAUGAUGCGGAGUCGUAUAAGGGGAGAUUGGAGAAGUUUUUUGAGGAUCUUAGAUCUGAUUUGCUGUCUCCUUCAUUACCAAUAAUUCAGGUGGCAAUAGCAUCAGCUCAAGGCCCUUUUAUGGAGAAAGUGAGAGAAGCUCAAUUGAGAUUAGAUCUUGCAAAUGUCAAAUGUGUUGAUGCCAAGGGAUUAGAGCUUGGACUGGACCAUUUGCACCUGACCACUUCAGCAGAGGUUAAACUCGGGAAGAUGUUGGCCGAUUCAUUCCUCCGGACCCGGCCCAGACCCCUCAAGAAUAAUGCCCCCUCCAGAUUUCCUAAUUACGUUGGAGGCCUUCUCCACUAGCCGGCCCCCAUCCCCAGUUUAGUUCUUUGAUUGUUAUUUUUUUUAAAUAGUAAAAAUUCAUCAAUAAUAAUAAGGUUACAAC